UUUUUACAUAAAAGUGAUAAAAAUAUGCUGUAAGAUGGUUGGAGAUGGAAAUUUUUUUAGCAGUGUGAAAUACCCAAUUCGCUUUUCUGCGUAAAACUCUGUUUUUAAAACUUAAUGUACUCAUCACAACUUUCCCGCAAAAGCUUUUACAAUAAUUAUUUUGCUUAUCAAAGCUGAUUACUGAAUCAAAGUGAAUUCCUAGAGUAGAAUUUGUGUUCAAUUUUUUACGGUUCCUCUCGUGAACGUAUUGCGAAACUGGCAACAGCCUAGAUGUAUUUGGUUUUUGUUUUAAUAAAACUAUUAAAAUAAUAAAGCAUGCUCAUCAAUCCCCCAUAAACCGUUAUUAUACCUUUGGUUUUUCGGCGCCAUCUCCUAAUAGGUGAUAAACGCCUUAUCGAUCUUUUCAAACUAUCACUAAAUUUCCUAAUACAAUUAGCAAAGUAAUUCUCUCCAAUGUAAUAGAGACCCCUAAACACAAUUAGCGAUAGAGCAACAAAACUUAUCUUCUGGAAAAAUGAAGACAAAUCCACGUGUGGAGCAUAAGCCUCGAUGGGGGAAGCAUCAUUUGUAAUUCUUUUUGUUGCGAUUUUUUUGUGUCCAAAUUGUCAUCCUGGAGAAAGUGCUAUAUAGCACUGAUAAGGCAAUUUAAGAUAAAGUCUUGUAGUAAAGUAGUGCUUUAAAAAAUAAAUGUACGCAGUUUGAAUAUUACCCUAUUCUAUUUGGGUUAUGUGGUCAGCAAAAGUGUCUCCAAUAAAGAUAAGAAAACCAAACGGUCGGGGUUUUUCUUAUUUAGUACUCUACAUUUCUAAGUUUCCGGCUCCCUUUUAGCUAAGUGUUUGCGAAUACCAAAAGGGCUUUAUGAACGUUUGCACUGAGCCUUUUAUGUACAUUUAGUUGCUCAUUGGUCGGUGUGAAGUGCUUCUUGUCAACGCUAAUCGCAAAUAAUGACCGCUUUAUCGGGACGAGUGUAAGGGCCAUAUGCUUCUUAAACCUUUCAACAUAGAUCGAUUAUCGCGGUUAACAAAUAAUGUAUCCGAACUUUUGUGUAUUCGGGCAAGUAAACGUAAAAAAAGUUAGGAGAAUACUGCUCAGGUAGAGUAUCACCCAAUUUUACGGAAGGGGCCAUUUUGGACUUUUGAAGUUUGUGUCAUAUCUUUGAAACCGUUCAUUACAUUUCUGGAGAUGAAAAGAGAACCAUUUCCUGUCAGAGGCAGAUUUUGGAUUCUACUUGACAAACCAUGAAAAGAGAUGUCUAGAACCGUGACAUAUUGAGUAUUUGAAUAAUAAUAGAACCAGGUUUGAUCGUGUGCGUGCGCUUGCCAAAUGUUAGCCCUGCGGAGCCAAUGAGCAAAUACUCAGAACAUUCCGACUACUGCAGAGACGGGCCAAAUCGCUUAAUACACAGAUUGUUUACAGCAUUUAAGUUUAUGUUUUAUUUCUUAAGCUGCCAAAAGUCUCCUUGAAUUGACGGAAAGAUUUCGCACUCAACGGUAUUGUCGGGGUUACGGAUUUGUGAAAUCACAACACUAGUUAGUUGUGUUGCGUGGUAAUUGACUGUUGACUUGCGAUCGUUACUUCACUAAUUCGCCGUGUGAUGUCAAAGUCUAGAUAGUUUUUUUUAGUAACGCGGGGGAUAUCACUGGUUUAUUAAGACCGUUUAGUUCAUAUGAAAAGGCACUUUCCUCUUGGUCUUGCAAUUAAUACAUUUUGACAUCCCUGACAAGUGACUUUUCAUAAAGGCUUAUUAACUUAGCAUAAUGACUGCAAAACUCUGCUUUAUCCUAACGGAAAUUUGCCUGUUAAAGCGUCAACCAUGACUGUUUCUUUGCAGAUCUUUAAUCCACAGAGACUGUAACAAUUGCUAAAACAGGUUUUCAAGCUCGAUUAGUGAUGCACUAUUUUGUCCCAAUGUUUGCCUUGUCGCAGUCGAUGAUCCGGGCUUGCUUUGGCGCAAUCCAAAUUAGAUUCACAGCCUUAUUGUUUGCGAGCUGGGAUCGGUUGAGGGAUGAUUGAUAUUCUUAUUCUAAAGUUACACAGUACAAUAGCAUCUCGAAGUGCUGACGAUUAAGCCCUUUCAACACAUUAUAUCUUAAUCAAUGUUGAUUAGGGCGUGAGCGUGCUUUUUUACCCUUUAUACACCUUUCAUCUGCUUUCAUUAACAAAAGAUUACAGACUAAUAGCAACUUAACGUGCCAAUCACAGGGCAAGGAUGUAAUUGAAUUUACGCUGGACGUGUGAAUAAGAGGGACAAUGUGCAAACGAAUUCCGGCAUAGCCAGCAAACUAUCUAGUACUUGCGGACACAGGUCCCUUUACUUAAUAAGCUGUUAAUGAUAUGAUUUGAGCCGGAUUACAGGCGCAAAGGAGGAGCUUUACCGUAAACAAACAUGCAGGCCACAGCGUUUGAUAUCGAGAGCAUCUUGCGAAAAGACAAAUUUAAGGAGGAGGGAAAGUCGCAGAAGUCUGCUGAAGCGGCGACCAUCAGCGCGACCGGCACGCGCCGACCCAUUCUGCUGCCGCGGAUGGAACCCCUGCCAUGGGGAGCAUUCCUCUAUAAUCUUCCUCACUCCAUGUCCAGCUGUGAGCACUGUGAUGAACAUCACGUCUAUCCCUCGCCGUGGAUCCAGUGUGGCCAACACUUCAUGCCACCAGGUUGCUCUCAGCAUUAUCUAAGCGCAAGAAAUAUGAUUGUAUCUGGUCGUCACCGGCGUCCCCGGACCGCCUUCUCCAGCCACCAGUUGUUGGCACUCGAAAGACAAUUUCAACUUCACAAAUACCUAACUCGGCCCCAGCGCUACGAACUAGCAACCUCCUUGAUGCUCACCGAGACUCAAGUUAAAAUCUGGUUCCAAAAUCGUAGAAUGAAAUGGAAGCGAUGCAAUAAAAAUGUGGACAUCAAAGUGGAUAGAAAAGAGUGCGGCACAGACGACACAGACGACGAAGUAUGAUAAAAAUAUGUUAUGACAAAAACGUGAGAAAUGUGAAUAGAACAAACUGUAUACUGCUAGAGAGACAAAUACUUUAUGUAAAUAUAAAGAUGCGUAUACUACAAACGGCCCUGAAAUACUACUGCUUUACCAGCAAAUCCGGCAAUAGACGCUUCAAACACAAAGGAAAAUGAAGGCAAAACAGACAGAAGGAGGUUUUCUCGUCACGAAAUGCAGCGAUGUUUGAUAAUUUGCUAAAGAAGCCUCAAUCGACAGCCUUUUAAAUGUUAUUUCAGGGGUGUAACUAUAAAGCGAAGAGAAGGGGAAAUAGGGCUUAGCUGACCACGACUUGUUAAAUGUUCAAUUCAUAAAAAGAAGAUGUUGCUUUUCUGUAUUGAAGGUGGAACCUCCAACCCCCCUACAGGUGGAGGGGAAGGAAGGUGGUCAACUCUCCCCUUAGAUCAGCUACUGCACUUACGCGGUAGAGGGUAACACCUAAGUGCUUACCUCUUGCCCCUUUUUCAAGGUGGUCUUAUAUUAAAAUCUAGCAAUGUGUAUUCACAAGGCAUCCUGAGCGCAAAGGGAAGAGGAGUUGAGGCAGUUGAGGUCCACCUGUUAUGGUUAGCAAUCGUCUUUUUGUUUAUCAAAUAAACACUGGCAGCUUACUGUCCUUAUAAAAGAAAUGAAAUUCUGUUCAAUUUAAAA